AUGACAGCUCUGCACUAUGCAUUUGAAGGAAGGAUCGAUAAAGUUAUAGGUGUGGGCAUAGAGAUUGCACAAACUUUGCUACGAAGGUGUGAUAAGCAAAGUGUAUACGAGUUUGUCAAUGCCACUGAUAAGAGUGGGAGGACUGCUCUUCACAGUGCUUCAGAAAAAGGGAACGCACGUAUCUGUGAACUGCUUACUGGUCACGGUGCCUCAGUGACUGCUCAAGACAAUAAGAAUAUGACAGCCCUGCAUUAUGCAUUUGAAGGAAAGAUUGAAAAAGUUAAAGGUGUAGGAAUAGAGAUUGCGCAAGCUUUGCUACGCAGAUGUGAUGAGCACAGUAUGUAUGAGUUCGUCAGUGCGUCAAGUCAUAGAGGGAGGACAGCUCUUCACGGUGCUUCAGAGAAAGGAUACAAACGUAUCUGUGGAGCGCUUCUUGAUCGUGGUGCUUCAGUAACUGCUAAAGACAAAGAGGAUAUGACAGCCCUGCACUAUGCAUUUGAAGGAGGGAUUAUAGAGAUUGCACAAGUUUUGCUACGGAGGUGUGAUGACACAAGUAUGUAUGAGUUUGUCAAUGUUGCAGAUAAGAAAGGGAGGACUGCUCUUCACUGCGCUUCAGAGAAAGCAAAUGCACACAUAUGUGGACUUCUUGCUGAUCGUGGCGCUUCAGUGACUACUCAGGACGAAAAGGGUAUGACAGCUCUGCACUAUGCAGUAAAAGCAGGAAGUAUAGAGAUUCCACAAGUUUUGUUAAACAGGUGUGAUUGUUGGAAUGCAUUUAAUUUAUCCCUAUCGCAAACUUCAGUCUGCCACCGUCAGUUCUACCAUGCAUCUGUAGUUAGUUCAUUUACAUGCACCGAACAUGCAGUGUCGCGCAGGAAACUCAUGCAUAGGCUACUAGAUAAUUAG